UCCAUCUGUCACUUCAUACGUACCGUUGUUUGGCUGACAAAGGUGGACUGACUCCAGACCCGCAGGACUAUCUGAAUAACAACUUCGCUGUAUCGAGUCCAUGCGUGUUUUAUUGUGGAAUAUUCAGCUCAUCGUGAAUGAGCGAAGCAUGUGACGGUGUGGGAGCAGUAUGGAGUGCUCGUGGAAGACUCUGCUGCUGCUCGUGUGCACGUCACUGGGGGUUCAGUACACCGCCAUCCGCUCCCUCCACGACUCCUUCAGCGGCCCCUGCCAAGACUCCACCCACUGCCAAGUACAUCAGGGUAAAGAGCAAAGAUGGAAAUCUCUCUGCGAUGACAGCCGUGUCCUUGCAGAGACUAGUGGUGCUGCAGCUCGGAAGCACAUCCUUCUGUUUGCACAAACCCGCAGUGGCUCCUCAUUUACUGGACAGCUUUUUAAUCAACAUCCGGGCAUAUUUUACCUUUUUGAGCCUCUUUAUCACGUGCAGCAGGCUUUCACUAAUUCUAGUAGCCGCCUGCAAAGGACUCUGGAUGGUAGAGCUCUUCUGGGAGCCUACCGAGACCUUCUACUCAAUCUCUACAACUGUGAUUUCAGCUUCCUGGAAAGUUACAUUCGUCCCGAACCACAGGAUCACAUGACUGGGGCCUUUUUCCGCCGUAGCUCCAGCCAUGCCCUGUGCACGACACCUGUCUGCCAGGAGGGUAGUGAGGAGAUUCAAGCAGGCCAGCCAGAUGAAACCUGGUGCCCCAAAAAGUGCCAAGCCUUAAACCUCACUAUAGCCUCUCAGGCUUGUCAAGAUCGAAACCAUGUGGCCAUAAAAACGGUUCGUAUCCCAGAAAUUGGCGACUUACGUACUUUGUCAGAAGACCCACGUUUAGAUUUGCGUAUCGUCCAUUUGGUGAGAGACCCCCGAGCCAUACUCGCUUCCCGAAUGACUGCUUUUGCCAGCAAAUUCAGGGCUUGGAAGAUCUGGAAUGCCACUGGCCGUCAACCACGCUAUGUUGACCUGACACAAAUAACAAGAACCUGCAGAGACAUCGAGUAUUCUGUGGAAACCGGCCUCCAGAAACCCACAUGGCUGAGAGGGAGGUAUCUAUUGGUGCGCUAUGAAGACCUGGCCUUGAAUCCUGAGGAAAAGGCAAAGGAGAUAUACAGAUUUCUAGGCCUUGACCUACAUCAAAGAGUUCUCAAAUGGAUUGUUGAUAACACCAAUAGCAGUGUCCCAUCUUCUUCAGAGUGGAACUAUAAGUACUCCACCACAAGAGAUUCUAAAGCUACAGCACAGAGCUGGAGAGUGCAUCUAAACUUUGACAUUGUUAAGACUGUUCAGUCUCUGUGUAACAGAACUCUUGCCUUACUUGGCUAUAAACUUGUCCAGUCUGUAGAUGAACUGAGGAACAUAACAAAAAAUCUAAUGGAGACAAGUACGUAGUGAAGUAACUUUUAAGUAAACCACUAACUCACCUGGAAGACCAAAGCAACUUACACUGCAUUCUGUGUAAAGGUAUUGGAGGCUAGCUAGUGAGAGUUGUGCGAGUAAACAUUACUCCCCUGAUCUCAAGAGACACUCCAGUAAAUUAUACUAGAGGCUGUGUACUUGAGGCUGUAGCAUUGAAUUGGUGCCAUGAUGAAAGUGAGGUUUAGGGGAUAGGUAUAAUGGAUGUCAGCUAGUGAGAGCUAUGCAAGUAAACCUUACUCCAGAUCAUAUCUCGCUUACGGAGGGUUGAGAAAUAAUUUGGAGGGUGUCAUUGGUGCCGUGACUUGAAUGGGAGUUAAGUUUAGGUAAUUACUGUAACAGAGGCCAGCUAUUGUGACUAAGUUAAUGUCACAGAUGCAAACUCAAUAGAUGUUAGAGGCAGUGGUCUGAGGCAUCCUUGUACGUCUCCCAUGCUUGAACGACCAGUUUUAAUUCCACACUAAGCGGCUUGAACAGAACUGGAGGCUUUACAUAUACAUUCAAUCAAGAAGACGUCUCAACAAACUUUAUUUGUUACAUAACAUUGUCUUUAGUGCUUUUUAUAUUUUAACUUUGAUUUUAUCACUUGCUAAUCAAUUAUCAAGGCUAUAUAAAUGCAACAUUAUGGAUGCUACCUUGGGAAAAACUUUUCUUAUGAAAAAUAACAUGGUCAUGAUUAUAAUGCUCAGCUACUUUUGCUUAAAACAUGUAUGCAGAAUUCCAUUCCUUCAGAGCUUAACUCCCACUCACUUGGUAGGAUGUUUCUAGUGAGUAACAAGCCCAGAGUAUACUUUUGUCAUACUUGUUUCAUGACAGUUCACGCACUGUCCUUGUGGACAAAAUUGUCAUCACCAGGAAUGUCUUUAGAUAUCCUCAGGUGAAGGAAUGUAGAAAAAUUCUUUGUCAAACCAGCCCAUCUACAUACUUUUGCAGUUGAAUAUAAAUUAAAGUGGUGCUGUGUUUAAUUAGGGUUGGAGCUAAACUCUGACAUUUGACUUGUAAGACAGACCCUUCAAGAACUGGUUUGCAUACUCAAUUACAAAAAUCUGUCAUUUCUGUAAUUCCAAGUCAAAAAAAUGUUGAUUACCAUCAUUCCUCGAAAUAUAUUGGCUUCCACAGAAAAAAAAGGCAGAAAAGGCAUACCCUUUGGAAUGACUUGAGGGAAAACAAAUGAUGAGAGGAAUUCUGUUUUUUGGGGGGUGAACAUUUGUAAUCAUUUUGCAAUUAAACACCCAUGACCACCAUUUUUAACCUGUAAAUGUGCAUUGAUGUGACCAAAGAAACACUAUUUACAAAAGCACAGCACGCUUGCCCAUGACAAACAUGCCAGAACUGGCCAACUAACCAAAUGAAGAGCAUGUAUCAUCUGGACAAGCACUUAAAUGGCCUUAAGUAUGAAUGUUAAUCAGUGAAUAUGUCCUUACAACAUCAUAACGGAUCAAGCAGACACCUAAAGUGACUGAAAUGUCACUUGCUGCUAUUGAAAAGCCCUCUUCCUUUUUAAAAGCAAGUCCCUAAUGAAAUCAACUCAGCACGGAAGGUCGUGUUCAGUUUAAAUCUCUUGCAGACAGCUCAAUGUGCUUCUAUCCACUGAAGUCCUCAAAUUAUUUUUUAGAAGCCCCAGCUUCAGAAAUGAUCUCUCUAUCUGAUGGCAUUUGGGAAUUUGUGAGUCAGAGUCAGUGAUUAAUUCAGUGACUCCUUUGGGUGUCUACCGAGACCUACUUCAUCUCUACAACUGUGAUUUCAUCUUCCUGGAAAGUUACAUUCGUCCCGAACCACAGGAUCACAUGACUGGGGCCUUUUUCCGCCGUAGCUCCAGCCAUGCCCUGUGCAUGACACCUGUCUGCCAGGAGGGUAAUGAGGAGAUUCAAGCAGGCCAACCAGAUGAAACCUGGUGCCCCAAAAAGUGCCAAGCCUUGAACCUCUCUAUAGCCUCUCAGGCUUGUCAAGAUCGAAAUCAUGUGGCCAUAAAAACAGUUCGUAUCCCAGAAAUUGGUGACUUGCAUACUCUGUCAGAAGACCCACGCUUCAGGACAAAUAUGCCAGAACUGGCCAAAUGAAGAGCAUGUAUCAUCUGGACAAGCACUUAAAUGGCCUUAAGUAUGAAUUUUAAUCAGUGAAUAUGUCCUUACAACAUCAUAACGAAUCAAGCAGACACCUACAUUGACUGAAAUGUCACUCGCUGCUAUUGAAAAGCCCCCCUCCUUGUUAAAAGCAAGUCCCUAAUGAAAUCAACUCAGCACGGAAGGUCGUGUUCAGUUUAAAUCUCUUGCAGACAGCUCAAUGUGCUUCUAUCCACUGAAGUCCUCAAAUUAUUAUUUAGAAGCCCCAGCUUCAGAAAUUAUCUCUCUAUCUGAUGGCAUUUGGGAAUUUGUGAGUCACAGACAGUGAUUAAUUCUAAGUGCAGUGUCAACACUGGGAAAAGCACUUUUGAGCUGUGGAGCCACUUUGCUAUUUGUUGAUAACAAAUAUGAAACUAUACAAAUCAAAAUCCUCGUUUAAUUAUUAUGCUAUCUCUUAUUCACAGAGCCCCCUUGAGGUUGAGCCUUUGCCUGCAGCCCAUUUGAUCUCUUGGGUUAAUGUGACUCUGCUAAUUACUGUUUUGGUUCAUAUCAUGGAUUAAAAUUCUAAGUCCAUGAACACAUCAUAUUUCUGAAGCCAGGAUUCAAAUACCUGCUGAUAUUUAAUGGAAAUGACAUUGCAUACAUGUGUUCUUUUGAGAAUAGAAAUAUAAGACUUGAGAAAAUUGUGCCAUUGUUUAGCCUUAAAUAUUCUUGAAUUUCAGGAUGUCUUGUAUUGUUGUUGUUGUUGCAGUUCUACUGUAUAUACAUUAAGUAAUUUAUUAAUUUUAUGCGAAUCAUGCCUUUAAACAAACACUUUUACAUAUUCUAAAUAUGCUGUGUAAAACAACUGUUCCUCAUCUCAGGUAUAUGAUGAUUAAAUGCAAUUGUUCAGCCACACUGCCAAUUUAUAAAUAUGCAGAGAAAAGAGGACAACUGAAAUAAAAGAUUACUUCUUACCUUUA